GGCUCGGUGCCCCCUCCAGGGGUGGGUAGGGCCCUCCCGGGAUGGCGCCUCUCCCUGGGAGAGGGGACGAGGGGCUGCUGUCCAUGGAAGAGCCGCUGAGUUAGGACAAGGGCUGGACCUCUUGUCACAAGGGGCAAAAGUUUGCCCAGCUGAGGCUCUGUUGUGUAUUGUGGCUUUUAUCACUUGUGUUUCCGAGCUGCUUGCUGCAUAGCACAGCGCCGGCUCUUUUCUUUGCAAUUUCUUGUCUUGGCCUCUCCGAUAGACUGGCUUCUCCCUAUCCUCCCCCAGUCCGUUACUUGAAGUAGUGUGAAUGUCCGUGGGAACCUUUGCCUUGUCUAUCUCUCUCUUUAGUGGCUGCUAAGUAACUAAAAUAUUGCUGGUGUGGUAUAUGGGCAGGAUUUGCCCUAUGCUAGCACACUUCCCCAUAGCCGUGUCUCUGCGGUGUUAGUAUGAUAGCAGCUUGCCCCUUGUUUUUAAUUCUUGUCUUUAGUGACUUGAGAUCAAAUGAAAGAGACUGUUUCUUCUACUGUUCUAAGGGCCAAUCUAGUUAUGACAGUGGACUCUACUUGCUAAUUAAUUUCUGUAGGUUUGUGGAGGAGGAAGUGAAAAGUUCAGAACCAGUUUGCUUUUUGAGCAGCGUUCUUAACACAUGAAGUUUGUGCUGAUGAAUUGUCCCAGUAAUAACUAACAGCAACAGUUUGUACUACAGAAGUAUAAAGAAUUUGAUAAAGCUCUUAAAUAAUUCAACUACAGCUAAUUAUUUAUUAAUUUAUAAAUAUUUCAGAACAUUGGAGUACCCCCCUGCAGUAGUUUUUUCCAGAUGGUGUGAAGUUCUCUGAAUGCUUUUGCUGUGGAAGCCUUGCUAUAUGUAACAAAAUGCCUUGUUUUCCAAGGUUGAAGGCAGUAGAGGCUGAAUACUCCCUGCUUGCUCUGCUCCGAGCCUCCCUACCAUCUUCAACAUGGCUGGUGGCAUUACUGAUACUGGAGAGCUUUAUUCUCCUUACGUUGGUCUCAUUUAUAUGUUCAACCUCAUCGUCGGGACAGGAGCUCUAACCAUGCCAAAGGCCUUUGCAACAGCAGGGUGGCUUGUCAGCCUUGUUCUCCUCAUGUUCCUGGGCUUCAUGAGCUAUAUGACUACCACCUUUGUGGUAGAAGCCAUGGCUGCUGCAAACGCCCAACUGCGAUGGAAGAGGAUGGAAAAACGCAAGGAAGAUGAUGAUGAGGAUUCUUCCUCUGGAGUAUCUGACAGUGAUGUUCUCCUCCAAGAUGGCUAUGAACGAGCGGAGACACGACCUAUCCUUUCAGUUCAGAGACGUGGCUCACUCAAUAUCUUUGAAAUCACCGAAAGGGUGGAAAUGGGUCAGAUGGCUUCCAUGUUCUUCAAUAAAGUGGGUGUCAACCUCUUCUAUUUCUGCAUAAUUAUCUACCUCUAUGGGGACCUGGCAAUCUACGCAGCGGCUGUACCGGUCUCUCUCAUGCAGGUGACCUGUAGUGCCACUGGCAACCAUUCUUGCAGUGUUGGAGAUGGCACGAAAUAUAAUGAUACGGAUAAGUGCUGGGGGCCAAUUCGCCGGAUCGAUGCUUACAGAAUGUACCUGGCAGCAUUCACUCUUCUCCUGGGUCCUUUCACCUUCUUCAAUGUGCAGAAGACAAAGUAUUUACAAAUCAUGACGUCCCUGAUGAGAUGGAUAGCUUUCAUCCUCAUGAUUAUUCUGGCUCUCAUCCGCAUCAGCAGAGGCCAAGCAGAGGGUCACCCGUCCAUGGCCCAGCUGUCGGGCAUCCGCAACCUCUUUGGGGUGUGUGUCUACUCCUUCAUGUGCCAGCACUCCCUGCCGUCCCUCAUCACACCCAUCUCCAAGAAGAGGCAUGUCAACAAGCUCGUGCUGCUCGAUUAUAUCCUGAUACUGGCUUUCUACAGCCUCCUGUCCUUCACUGCCAUUUACUGUUUCCGCAAUGACACCCUCAUGGACAUGUACACGCUCAACUUCACCAACUGUGAAAUCAUCAACAUCGCCUUCAUUCGCUACUUCCUGGGCCUCUUCCCAGUCUUCACCAUCAGCACUAAUUUCCCCAUCAUUGCUGUGACCCUGCGCAACAACUGGAAGACCCUUUUCCACAGAGAAGGGGGAACCUACCCAUGGGUGGUAGAUAGGAUUGUCUUUCCUGCCAUCACACUGAUUCCCCCAGUGCUGGUGGCUUUCUGCACCCAUGAUCUGGAGUCCUUGGUGGGGAUCACGGGAGCCUAUGCUGGGAAUGGGAUCCAGUACCUCAUUCCGGCUUUCCUCGCAUACUGUAGUCGGAAGGACACUCAGCUGGUCUUCGGCAGUGGUACUGUUAACAAGCACCUGUCCCCUUUCCGGCACACCUUCUGGAUUGUGUUUGUGCUCAUAUGGGGCUUUUCUUGCUUCAUGUUUGUGACUGCAAACAUUGUUCUGAGUGAGUCAAAACUCUGAGGUGGGCAUAGCGGCAUGCUCCCUCUGGGGCUCCACAGGAGACUCCGGCACUUCGCUUCUCUGGACUGCGGAGGGGGAAGGAGAGGCAGUGUGUGUGAAGGAAGUUUCCAGGCCGCUGGUUUGGUGACACAGGUCAGACCUGGACACAGACUUUCUUUUCUCCACUUCCGCUUUGGGUGUGGAUGGAGUGGGCUCAGCAUUUUUACGGUCCUGAUCACAGACCCGCUGUGCAAAGCCGCGGGGCUGAGCUCUUGGCAACCUGUAUGAUUAACCAGUGCCCAGCUAUUUCUGCCUUGAGCUCUGUUCAAGCAUUUCUCCGCCCCUACCGCGGCCCUUCUCUGACGCUGCAGGUUUCAGCACACAGGAGAGCUGACAGCAUUGGCUGGUCACUACAGUAGUCAGCUAAAUAUCCCUUGCCCCAAAGGCAGGGACCUGCUGUGCACAGAAUCCAGCAGGAAUUUGAAGGAAAUUAACCUCUCUUCUCCAGCUGCGGACCCUACAUACACAAAACUCCUGUGCCAGUUGAGGGGAGAGAAAACAAAUUGGGAUGAGAAUAGUCCUCCCUGCUCCCCUUUUUUAAUAUAUAAUAUCUGUUACACUUUCUUCUUUCAGAAGCAUUAACCUGUUCUAUGCUCUGGGUAAGGAGCACCAUGUAUUGCCCGGGAUCUGGGAUCCCUUGCUUAGCAGAACUGGAUUCCCCCUGCCACACACAGCCCUGGAGUUUACAUUCACACUUCUCGUCCUGUUCUCCUUUGCUUUGGCAGCCCUCACCCUAUAGAGCAGUGUCCAUAUGCAUGCAGGGAUGUAGCUCUUCACCUUUGGAAAGGAAAACACAGCCUUGCUUCCCUUGGCUCCUGCGUGCAGCUAAGUGACUUCAGCUGGCAGAGCUAUUCUCCAUUUCAUGCAGGGCUGGAGCACCAGGCCAGGCCCCGGCUGCAGUGGUCAGGAUUUAUGUGGGCUGGGGAGGUGCUAAUUACCCAGGCCUGAUGCGAGUUAGAUCUGUGAGAGCUCUGGCUGUGCACACUGAUGCAUUUCCAGCCUCCUGUGCUGGGUAAUUAGCCUUGAAACAAGGUGGGUGUUAACUCAAGGGAAUGGGCUCGAGCCAGCAGGAAAAGGCUGUGCUAUGGUUCAGCAGCGCCUGGUGCUCUGCAGGAGCAGAGCUUGUGUCAUGGGAGGGAGAAAACUGGACCCCUACUGAGACUGCUCCUCAACCCACCCGUCCUCUCUCUGCGAAGGGUUAAGGUGGGCUUUUCACUGAUCUUAUUCAGCUUACCUGGGAGUUUGCUGGGCUCCCAGAUAAUUCUCUGCCUGUUAUUUUGGGCAGCUAAUGCCUUGGAUUAUAAUCUCUGCUUCUGAGGCUUCUCUUGGUCACUGCAACGGAACCGAUGCUGUCUGUCACUGGGUGGUAGUGAUCUGAAGCCCUUAGGCAAAGAUCAGAUAGAUUUUCCUAUCAGAAGGAGGAACUUCAGAAGUUUUCACCUGAAAUCUUUUAAGCCUUUCUUCUCCCUCAGCCCUUAUUAAAGCAGGUUCAAAGCCAGGAGCAUGCCACUGGUGCUAUAUCCUCUUGCCCUUUGUACUGCUAUAGUAUUAAGUGUCACUGCUCACUAAAAGCAAGCUUUGAACUGCAGCUGCUUUUUAAUCAAGCUCUAUUUUCAAGUAGGACUUCCUAGUGCUCCUCCUGGGGGAAUAUGCAAGUACCUGGAGCUGUAUGAGAACACUACAUGAUACUGAAAGCAGAAGUCCCUUCACCUCUCAGGCCUGAGAGCUGUGAAUGUGCCCUUGCUGCGCUGCUCGGAGAGGAGCUGGGGGGACCGUUUCACCCAUCUCCAGCUCCAUCCUGAAUAGGCUUUGGCAGCCCUUGCUAGUGAACGUAAACAUCCCCAAGUGCUGUAAGGAAGCUGAUGUGGCAUCUCGAGUGCCGGAUUAGCAAGUUGCUUUACGGGUAGCUGGUGUCUCGCUUAGGAAGAGCGAUAGCAGCCCCGCGGUUUGGAGGGAAGUUUCCGCGGGCAGCGGAGCGGGGCCCCCCUGCAAGGCGUGGGGCAGGCGUUUGCAACUGCUCCCUUCUGUUGCUUGUUCUCAAGGCUCUUGCGCAGUCCUGGCUGCCAGAAACAGGACAGGUCGCAGAUGCCCCGGUGGGGCACGCCGCGCUGUUCUGUCCUAGUGCAGCUGGGAGGUAGGCAGAGCCAGAGGGAGGGAUUUAAUCCUCAUGAAAUGAGCCUUCGGAAGGGUGGCAGCCCUGCAGGAGGCUGCUCCUCUGUGCCAGUGCGCAGGUGUGGAUUUAUGGAGGGGGCCGAGGCCUUUCCCGGCAGGCUGUUUGCCCCAGGCUGCCUGUGCUUUGCAGGGCACUUGAGUCAGCUCCGUCCGUUCAGGCGCUGAGCUGAAUUUCUUGCCUUCACAUAUCAUUGCCAACCAGAGAACGGGCUGUCCUCGGUCGCUUCCUUAUUUGCCUCCGUUCGUCCUUUCCCUGCUUAGGGCUGCCCUUUCUUCCCCUCUCUUUCUGCCCCUAAGCCAAGUAGUCGGAGAAGGGAUCUCUCUUUUCCUACAGCAGCAGCCUUCAGACUCCAGCGCUCGCAGCAAGAGCGGGGCGCAGGGCUGAGCCCGUCCAGCGUGGCACAGCAGCGCGAGGCUCGGCGCGUU